AUGUCGACCUGGAAUAAGCACUACCACUGGAAGACCAAGGGAUGCACGCCCUGGGCUAAGGACUGGUUCACCAACAACCUUGUGGGCCACUCGGCGACGGUGGGCGACGGCCCGGCCACCGUGAAGGUCGACAAGCUGUCGGGUUUUGAGGGAGACGUGGAGCUCGGCAACCGCAAGGGUAAGCUAAUUACGAUCUACGACUGUGAAGUCACCCUGAAGUGGUCGGCUGAUAUCGAUGAUACCGUCGUGAAUGGCACAAUCCGAUUCCCCGAAGUCUCACACGAGAUUGAGGACAAUAACGAGACGUACCGGUUUGAGACUGAGCUACUCACGGAGUCGUCCAAGACGGCGCACGAUGUGUACACGACUGUGCGUCAAAAGCUGGCGCCUUCGGUGGAGCAGGUGUUCCACCGCUUCCGUGCGGAGCUGAUCGACACUCAUGCCAAGGACCUGGGGCAUGACGACGAUGCACCGGCACCCACCAAGGAGGCGGCACCCGUGUCGGGCGGUGCAAAGGCGGUGCCUUCAUCUACAUCUUCGUCAUCUACAGGCGCCGUCUCGACCAGCUCCACCGAGGUGCGUGUGUCGAGCCACCUGGCCAUCAGCCAGGCGGACCUGUGGGACCUGCUCACCAACCCCCUGAGGAUCCCCAUGUGGAGUAAGGCGCCGGCGCAGUUCUCGCCCAAUGUGGGUGCGCACUUCUCGCUGUUUGGCGGCAACAUUUCAGGGCAGAUUGUGGAAGUGUCUGCGCCGAACAAACUCGUUCAAACCUGGCGCGUGCCACAGUGGCCAGCUGGUCACCAUGGCACACUGACGACGGAACUCUCGCAGGGUGACGACUCCACCAAGCUGGAUCUGAUCCUCAGCGGCAUCCCUACGGGUCAGGAAGACAGCUCGCAGGCCGGUCUCGAGAACUACUAUAUUCGCGGCCUCAAAUCUCUUGGUCUAGGUACGAUCUUGUAA